CGCGGAGGAGCCGGCGGGAGGGUGAGGCGGCCGUGUCCGCGCACCGCCGCCCUGGGCCGCGGACCGCCGCCGGCUCCGCCCGGGGUUUGGCUCUUUAUCCCGCCACCGGCUGCGGGGACACCAGGCAGGCAUGGUCGGCUAUGACCCUGAGGCCAAGUGUGUCUCCUCCGUGGAAGCGGCAGUAGCAGGAUCAGCAUCUGGCUUGGUCAGUCGGGUCCUUGUCAGUCCCUUGGACGUCAUCAAGAUCCGCUUUCAGCUUCAGAUCGAGCAGCUCUCCUCCAGAAACCCAGGGGCUAAGUAUCAUGGCAUCUUGCAAGCUGUACAGCGCAUCUCCCAGGAAGAGGGGUUGCUAGCCUUCUGGAAGGGCCAUGUUCCCGCUCAGCUCCUUUCAGUUGGCUACGGAGCUGUUCAGUUCAUGGCAUUUGAAAGCUUGACAAAACUGGUGCACAAUGUCACCGCAUACAAUGCCCGCGAUUCCUUUGUGCACUUCGUCUGCGGUGGACUGGCUGCUUGCACCGCCACUGUUGCAGUUCAGCCUGUUGACACACUACGCACCCGCUUUGCUGCUCAGGGUGAGCCUAAGAUCUAUCCCAACCUUCGCCAUGCAGUGGUGACGAUGUACCAGACAGAAGGGCCUCGGACUUUCUAUAGAGGUUUGACCCCCACAAUCAUUGCUAUCUUUCCGUAUGCUGGUCUCCAGUUCUCUUCCUACAACAUCCUGCAACAGUUUUCUGAAUGGGUGAUUCCAGCUGAAGAAAAGAAAGGAGGCAAUGUUAAAAACCUUGUUUGUGGCAGCUGCGCUGGAAUCAUCAGCAAAACCCUCACUUACCCUUUUGACCUGUUCAAAAAACGACUGCAAGUGGGUGGCUUUGAGCGUGCCCGGGCAGCCUUUGGGCAGGUGCGGAUGUACAGGGGUCUCCUGGACUGCAUAAGGCAGAUCAUGCAAGAGGAGGGCCCGGGUGGAUUCUUCAAGGGCCUUUCGCCCAGCUUGCUGAAAGCUGCUGUCUCUACUGGCCUUGUCUUCUUUUGGUAUGAGCUGUUCUGCAGCCUGCUGUGUGCCCUGAAGAACACCGAUAGCACUACAAGGACAGAAGGCUGAAAGGGGCGUGUACAUGGCUACCUGGUGUUCUCCUGGAGGAAGGGAAACUGAUGGCUUUGCUCUGUCGUGAGCGUGUUGGAAAUGUCAGAGCUCCCAGAGCUCCACCAGCCUGCAGGAAAUCGCCUCAUGGGACGAAGCAGAAGGAAAAGGCGACUGCAGUUCUUCUGAAGACACUGAACUGCUUUGCUGGAAGCUGUUCAACUGAGCACUUUUUUUCCUCUGUCUCCUCUCAUAUCAGCACACAUUUAGUGGGGAGCAGGGGAACCAAGCAGAAAACUACCUAGCAGAGACUGUGCUCUGAAAAGGCACCCAAUAAAGUGGGUGAAUUCCUGUGCUUGCCCUGGAUCACAGAGAGGGAUCCUGGCCUAGCUAGUGCUGCAUAACCAACGUAACGUCACUUCCUAUCGCUGCAUCUGCACAGCUUUAUUUCCUUGCUUUAUGGCCUGCUGUUUGCACCGUAUUCUUUUCUUGGUGUUGCACAGGUAGCUCUGUCCUGCUGUUGUGAAGUCAGUUAAAACCUCUUUAGUGUGCACAGAACCUCCCUUUUCCUUUUCUUUGCUGCCAGCUGCUGCUUCUUGAUUACCACUUGCUGGCUGUGCAUUCUCAGCCACCUUCUAGUGGAUCAUGCUGACCCAACCUUUCUCUUUCUUUAACUGUGGUGAGCUUGGUUGUAUCCUAAGUGCCCAUUUCUCUUCCUGCAUGUCUUGCCAUACAUCUCUUAGGGUUUUGCUUUGCCUCAGUCAUGCUUUUUACAAGUAGACCUGCAGAUUAAGAACCCCACUGUAAGGGGAUUCAACACACAAGCCCAAUUCUUACUUCAGCGUUCUUUGCGUCGAUGCACUGAGUAAACAAAUGCUGUAUAGAGUUUUAGAAAUACUUAGUCUAAGUUGGAAUAAUGAAGGAAAAGUCCUGUGGAAACUAGUAAAUGUCGGGGGUUUGGUUUUUUUUUAAAUACCACUUUUGAAUGUUUCUAGCAGGUAUUUCUGUAGUGGCCUCAAAACAUUUCUGAACCUCAGUCCUACAGUGGUGCUAACAAAUGAAAAUGUUUUGACAAGAUUAGCUGAAGUGAGAGGGCUGAACAUCAAAUCGGAAUUGGUUGGCUUGCCCUGGUGUUUGACAAGAAAAGGAUGAUUGAAUUAGAGCUGGAGAAGUGGUUUUCUGGAGUUUGAAAGGUUUUGUGAACGGUAAUAAAAAAAACCACCUACUCUGAUUUAUGUAACAGGGAAAAAGAGGAAAAUUACUUUCUUCCUCCUCUUUUAUUCUCUGUUUUUUAAAGCUGAGCAGGGUGUGGCUGGACCAGCGUGUGGAAGGUAGACUUCAGAGGAAGAGCCACUGUGAUGCAAAAGCAUGUUAGUCAUCUGGCGAGUAGUGGAUAGGGCAGAGCACUGCAGUUAUUUAGAGGAUGGUUUGAUGGGUCUUCUCUUCAUGCAGAACUUUUCAUGGCUUCUUUGCAAUGUUCAGGGUGUUAAUCCCAAGUGGUCUGGCCAAAUUCCAGCGUGACUAAUUCCAUUCUGUUGACGUAACUUCUCCUGGCGAUUUUGAGCAUAUCAGCAUUGCUUACUUAUCCCGAACUAUUGUGAGAGGCUGUUUUUAAAGAGCAGCUGUCUCACUGGUGGCUGAGAUAUUUAGAGAGAUUCCUUGCAAGCCUAGGCCAAAUAACUUUGUGUCUGCUGUGGUUUGAGAUCUUGGAGUGCAAAGUGGCUGUUUCACUGCAGGUGACUUUGAGAGCUAUGUAAAAUUAAAUUCACUGAGCAGUGUCAGUGUCAGGCAGGAGGCUAAUACAUGAGCCUUGAAGAGGGAGUUAGCUGCGUGUACUCUAAAAAUGGGCAGUUUUGUUUAGAGGAGAAAAUGCAAAGAAUGUGGAGUGAAGUUUCUCAAAGUGCCUCAGUCCUAUUGACAUUUUCCUGGGUUAUUUAGGCUCUUCUGAGAUUCCCCAAAAAUCUUCUUAACAAUAUUUUGCCUUUGUUUAUUGUUCAUCUGUUGUUCUUGGAAAGACAUCAUAACGAGUAAUGAACUUAGCCUCAUGACAUCCUUCUGAGGGAGAGACAUAUCUUGUUUCAAAACAGACACAAACAGGUUGGGAUUGUUACUGUCUUUUGGCUGCUGAUAGAGAGGAAUGCUGUCGUGGUUAGCAGGGACAGGACUGAAAAUUUUCUGUGCAGACCUAGGCUUCCAUACAAAAUCGGGACCCAUCCAUCCUGUCUAAACAUUACAGGAUUCUUGUUUUCCACUUUAUGUCAAAGGGCUGCUGUUAAACUGCACAAAAUAGAGAGAAACUGGUUAGGAACUCAGUAGUGGGAAUUGCUACCUCUGGAAUAGAGUGUGAGUUGCUUUGGUUGUCACAGGGGUAAAGAAUAAAAAACAAAAAACUGUGUGCUUUGCUAAGAUGAUGUUCCUCGAGUGUGCUGUGCAGCUUGCUGCUGAUGCAGGCAUACAGCUUUAGGGACAUGCAACUCGGCUGCUCUGCAGAGAGAGCAGCAAUGGAGAGUAUAGAGCAGCUUUUUCUCUCUGGGAUAGUUUUUUCCUCCACUCUAAAUUAAAUGAGCUUGUCUCCAUCCAACAGAUGGCAAAGUCAGAGUUUGAGUUAUGCCAGUCUGGCCCAGGCUGUGGAGGAGAUACUCCCUGGACGGAGGGCUUUGGCACGCAGCCUGGUUUAUAUAUCCCUUUGGGCUGUUAGUCAUAAAUGUUACAGGCCCAUAAAGGCACCUAGUCUUCUAAUGAGUGAAGGAGAAAGGUGUGACAACCUCAAUUAUACAAUAUUAGAAGUUGCAUCUAACAGUUGCUUCAUCCCUCGCCUCUGGUCAGCAGCAUCUGUCAUAAAUUCCCAACGUGCAGUUUGCUAACUAGGAGUCGCUGCUGGGGAAAGGACUGUGACAGCAAUGUUGUUUUCUCUUUGGGAAUGAGACCGGUUUAGUGUGAAGCAGUAGGACAGGUCUUAUUUCUGAUGCUGCUCUGGCAAAAUACAGCCCAUUUGAAGCUAAAUUUCCUAGACUAGAGGAUCAGGAGAUGGAAGAGAUCUCUAGUCACCUUGUUGUCCCGUAUGCUGGAACAGAUUUGCUCUCAGAAACUACACACCAGUUCAGUUUCAAGUGACUCAACGCGGUGAGUAACUCGCUGUGAGACUGCACCGGAUUUUCCCCGUUGGGAUGGCUGGGAUUUCACUAUGAUGUAAUCCUAUCAGUGGGGAUUUGCGUUGCCUGAAAUUCACCUCACAAGCUGCUCAGCAAUAGCGUUUGUUUUCUUCUAGUGCCUUUUACCAUCAGAAUGUCCAAAAGCACUUUAGCAGGCAAAGUGUUCCAGAUGAGUUGCACUGUAGUUGUUAGGGGAUCCACCGUUGCUCUUUGCUGGCCUCGGAUGGGACAACAUUGACGCACAAGUUCUGUUAUGAACACACUGUUUCCUGCAGCGCCGACUGGCUCGCCGAGUUCCUAGGACAGUCCUGUUUUCAGGAAGCUGCAUAGCAUCAUUUUUUAAAAGAAAUGAAUGUGUUGCAGUCAGGUUUGGAAUAGAUUAUACUUAAUUUGGGUUUAAGUUUCUCUUGUGAUGUAGAACUGUAAUUCUCUGUGGCAUUUUGCUGUGUUGCCUGAGUGGAUCUUUUGCAGCUGCCAUUGUCUGAAAGCAUCCGAGCACAAUGUGCACAACGCCUGCCUACCUUUGAGGAAAAGUACAUUAAAUAUUUUGUUAUGCUUA